CUUACAGGCAUCUCGUUGCUCUAUCUAGCCAGAGACCAUCAUCACCGGUCCCUCGUCCUCCGCGAUCCCUUCCGCAGCUUCCAUUGCCACCGCCCAGAGGACCAGACGCUCAAUCGUCCCUCUGCCCCUCCGACGUCUCGUCACCAAAGCACCCUUUUUUCCCACUCGUCCAACAGGUCCGCGCCUUUCGCGUUCGCCACCGUGGCUCAACUCAUCGCGAUGCCGAAUACCCCCCCGCCGGCGCUGCUGCCUCCGCCAGAGGGCAUCUUCCGGACGUUUGACGACCUGAUGGCGUCGGUCCAGCGCGUCGCGAAGGACCAGGGCUACGGCAUCGUCAAGCUCCGCGCCUCCAACUACCGCGACGGCAAGCCCACCCGCUACGACCUCGUCUGCGAUCGCGGCGGCGUCAAGUACAACAGCACCGCCAAGAAGCGCAACCCCUCGACGCGCAAGAUUGACUGUCCUUUCCGUGCAAAGGCCGUCUGCGAGGUGCAGCUGGGCAACCAGUGGCGCUUCGCCCUGCAAGAGCCCAGGCACAACCACGAGCCGCGCGUCCCCUCCGGCACCCCCGGCCAGGAGAAUGCUCCCUUGGCGACAUCGAUCCGUUCCUUCACCAACAAGCUGGACCGCCUGAGCCACGACAUGGCCCAAGGCCUGAUGCGCAUCGAGCAGCGCCUCGACAACAUUGAGAAGCGCAUGGAGAACAUCGAGGCGCGCGCCGGCGGGUACGAGCCUCGAUUCCAAGCAAUAGAACAGCGGCUCCAGGGCAUGGAAGGUCCUCGCAUGGACGGCAUGGGCAUGGAUGAUGUUGAAUCGCGCCUGCUGGCCUCUUCGGUCAUGUAGGCAAGAGACGAGGGGCGACCGCGGCAGCAUCACGAAACUACAUGGCCUCUCCUCUUCGAAGGAAGAGACGGGUGAGGCGUGGGAGCUGCAACCCCGCCGUCGCACUACGACCUAGUCUCUCCAUUUUCCAAAGGGUUUACUGUUACUCGGUUCCAUCCUGCGCAUCAAGAAAAGAACAAAAAAAAAAAGAAGAAAGAUCACAAAAAAAGGACUAAAAUGGCGGAAAUGGCCGCACACACGACUAUG